GGCGAGGCCGCGGCGGCUCCACCCCGAACAAGUUGGCUCCGGCGGGGCGGGGCGGGGGGGAUCCGGCUGUGCCGAGCGACCGGGGUCGCCUGAGCCGCGCGUCCGCCACCGGCUCCGGGCCCCCCGCUGCUCUGGGACCCAGGCGGGCCCGCGCCCUGUACCCGGAUUUUUAAGUCUGAAGAUAAAGCCACCCAGAAAAAUUCUGUCAGUAUUAUUUUAUCCAGUAUGCGGUUUAACUGGUCUCUUAAUAUUCAUAAUUCUAGUUUUGCUCAGCAUGUCUUUUUAAAAAAUUUAUAACUUCUGUCUUGGGGUCUUUUUACUAGAAGACUUUAUUUAAAAUAUGGAAUCUUCUUCUGGGCUACAUGAAGUCACUAACCCAUCUUGAAAUGUGUAGACUGUGUUGCGGUUUGCUUCCAUUUCCUUUAACACCUCCCCUUCUAUUUCUUGUUUCAUGUGUAUUGGUAAAAGGUGAAAAAAACAUGUUUUGUAGUAGAUGCCUCAUCUCUCUCAGAGGGGGUUGGAUUCUGAAACUGUAGUUUACCAACUUCAUUUUGCUGCAUCUGUUGCAAUUUUUGUAACUGGAAAAAAUAAAACCAAAUCAAAAUAAGUCUGCCUUAAGCUAGGCUGUCCGUUAAGGAGGGUCUGCCUUCAUUGCAUAAGUAAUACUCAAGAUGUUCUAGAAUUGUUAGCAAUAGCAAUACAAGAGAGUGACUAACUGGGUUUUAUGCAAGAUGGGUGGAGUACAAAAAUGCAUCCAGGUGACAUUAUAUAUUCAGAUCCCUUCCUGAAUGAAAUAUGCACUUUUAUCAAUUAACAUUUCACAAUCUCUUAUUUCAUAUAGAAUGUUGGUAAGAGGAAUACUGCUUGUUAUAUAUAGAUAACAGAUGCAGAGUUUGUUCUUUGAGUCAACAUGGAUUGUUUCAUCUAACUAUCUUCUUUAAAAGGUGGGUGAGAGAAUGUCUUAUUGAGCCAACUUCUGUUGGUAAGAGAGACAAGCUUUUGAGCUUACACAGUUCUCUUCUUCAGGUAACCUUCAGCUCUGUGUGAACUCAAAAGCUUGUCUCAGAGAAAUUGAAUUCAGGAUUUAGAAUGUAGAGCAAAUACCUUGAUUGAGGUCGCGAAGAAAGUUGCAGUCAGCAUCCAAAUCAGUGCCACAGAAGGGCUGCUGGGGGGCUUUUUGCUUAAAAGAAGGCUGUAUGAUGUAAGGUUGUGAGGCAUCAGUGACAGAUCAGUAGUGAGACUGAAGACUCCAAGUUGAAAAACAUAGUAAGAGGACCAAAAAAGUGCCACCAUGGCAAAACAAAGUAAAAGAAGCAGCUAAAGGCAAAAAGGAAUCCCUGAAAAACUGGAAGCUAAAUCCUAUAGAGGAAAAUAGAAAGGAGCAUAAACUCUGAACAUGAGAAAGAGGAAGCCUGCUAAACAAUCAAUGGGGCCACUGGAUGAUCGAGGUGCUAAAGGAGCACGCAAGGACAAUAAGGUCAUUGCGGAGAAACUAAAUGAUUUCUUUAUAUCAGUCUUCCCUGCAGAGCAUGUGCGGGAGAUUCCCACACCAGAGCCAUUCUUUUAGAAAUGUCAUUCCCGGGAGUGUGCAAGAAACCCUAGAGAACUGUAAUGUCUAAGCCUACACGGAGUGACAACUCUAAGGUACUUUUUUAAUUGUUGCACAGUUUAUUAUGGGAAUUGUUUAUAGGUGCACAUAUCAUUGCUCUCUGAUUUCCUCUCCUCAGUGCAAACUCUUGGCAUCCAACUCAAGGCCUCUUACGAUUUUUGGAAGGCCUGCCAUGUGGAGCAUCAUCUUUUCCACAACAGUGACCUUAUCUCAUGACUCCUGGAACUCUGAGGCCAAAAAAAGUGUCAUUCCACAAUAACAGGCCAGCAGGCAAAGCGAGCCAUCCCUUGUAGAUAAAUUACAGCUGCAGGAUAGGUCUGGGUUUGUGUGGGAACAUGAGUGACCCAUGUAGUGUCAUCUACCCAAAGAUAUAUCUGCUGUUCCAAGCUGUCACUUAUCACUCUGGCUACCCUAGCAGACACGUUCUCCCUUCUGUUUGUAUGGGCACACUGCGUCCCCUAUAGUUGUCUCAGUAAGACCACAUUUUGGGCUGGUAUUUGCUGUCAGCCUUGGUGGUGGUCCCAGGUCAGGGUUUUUCACCUUCCUCUGCAGCGGGGGCACGGGUCACUUGCUGGAGGAUUCUCUGCACCUUGAAGUCUUUAAACCACGAUUUGAGGACUUCAGUAGCUCAGAUAUAAGUUAGGGGUUUGUUAUAGGAGUUGGUGGGUGAGAUUCCGUGGCCUGCGUUGUGCAGGAGGUCAGACUAGAUGAUCAUAAUGGUCCCUUCUGACCUUAGUCUAUGAUUCUAUGAACUCCUGGACAUCUGUGUAACAGAAGGCUUUUAAAAAAUACUUUUCAGAAUGCAGCAAUCUCUUGGGGCUAACAUUUUGCUAAAAUUUAAAUGAAAGGCCUUUUAAUAACUGUUCCUGCCACACUUGUUAACUUUCAGAUGCUAGCUUUCUCUGCUGCUUGAUCCUGCAGUGAUGCCAUAAUACUGAAUUUUGGACAGCCCUCAUCAUUACCAUGGCAACAGACUGAUGUCACAGGCUCAAGGACUUGACUUCAAUGCAUGAUCAUGCAGAACCUGGUUUGUGAAGGAGAAAGCUGACUAACAGACACCUGAAAAACAAGCAAGGGGAAGCAAGGUGUUUCAGUUUGAAAAUCCCCCUUUUUAAAAGGCAAAUAUGAAUCUGGUUACAUCUUAGAGACGGGAAUGUUUUGCAUGGAUGGAUGGACGUUCUUAGAAUUGAUAUGCUGACAUUUCACAGGUAUCCUGUAUCUUUUUUAAUCUGAGUGUUCCUUCUCGGCUGAGAAACUUACUUUUUAGUUUAAGACCUUUUAGUGCACCAUUUUAAGACUCUUUGUAUCUUGUGAACAUAGUGAGAAAAAUUCUGCUUAGUUAAUAUAUUCAAAUAAUUAAAUUUGUUUCCUGAAGCUUUUAUUUCACCCGUAACGUUUGAAAGUGAAAGAGAACGCUGCAUCUGCAUUAUGGUCACAUUUUCCUAUAUCCUAUUCGCAGAUUCCAAGAUUGUUUAACGUGGUCUCCACCCAUUUCAUUUGGCUGCAACCUUUGCUCCCAUGAAAGCAAGGCUGAUUGUUCUGAAUUGCUGUGUAUAUGUGCUUUGGCACAGCAUAAAGCACAAUCUCCUUCAAGAGCAGGAUGCCAUAGAAUAGUAAUAAGCAAGGAGAAUUAUCGGCUCAAUUGGGAGGCUUGGAUUGAGGACCUCAUCUCCAGCUUCAGGGAACAGGAAGUACCACGAGACCUGGGGCUUCACAUUGCUCCGCAAUGACCAAUCCAAGAGUAACAUUCAUGGGCUAUGAAGAGUCCUGUCAGCCUUCAUCCAGUUUCUAGGUGGCAGAAAGAUAGUGAAACGCUGUGUGGGGCAAGAAAAGCUGUUGCGGGAGCCCUGCAUGUAAACAAAGAUGGAUUGGCUGUGACAGUGUGCCUUAGGUGAGGAGAUCGUUAUUAUGAAGACUUCCUACAGAGCUGGCCUCCACAGGGAACCACUGAAUUCCACAUCUUCGACAUUCCAUCAAGUCAAACGGGCUUCUGGCAUGCACUUAAAGCCAUACCUCAAAUUACAGAAGAAAGAGCGAUCUCUAGAUAUAAGCCAAGAUUCCCUGAGAGGUCUGCAUAUGAACCAUCAAAGGUCAGCCCAGGAGGAAAAGUAUACAAACAACUGCACCAAACUGAGCAUUUUAUCUACGUCCCCGGUCGUGACUCCAUCUCGAAAGCCUUUGGGAAUUAUUUAUCCUAAUACUAUGUGCAAUAUGAGUGGGAAAGCUCCAGCAGAAGGCCCAAGUGUUGAGAAGAAGAAGAAUGCCCCAUCGGCAACAAUCCACCAGGGGGAUGAGGGGGAAGGACCGUUAGAUAUCUGGGCUGUCGUGAAACCUGGGAAUACCAAGGAAAAGAUUGCCUUCUUUGCAUCCCAGCAGUGCAACAACAAUAGGAUGGGCUCAAUGAAACUUAAAAGCUCCUGGGAUAUAGAUGGAAGAUCAGCUAAACGAAGGAAGAAAUCCGUGGAUCUUAUAAAAGCAAAGAUUCAAUUAGAAAGAAUGAGAGAGGCAAACAGGAGGUGCGCCCAGCCUGAGCCUUUUGCAUGUGGCAUUGAGCACUGUUCUGUACAUUAUGUUAAUGACAAUGGUGAAGGGAUAUUUCCAGGUCGAUCCUUAUCUGUAAUCGAGAUGGUAGCUUUUCUAGAACACAGAGCAAGUGCUUUGCUGGCCGACUGCACCAAAAACUGCAUGAACGCUUCUACUACAAGGCUGAGUGGGCAAUCCAAAGGUGCACUUCCUGCUUCUGACCCUUUCUCUGCCCCUGGGGCCUGCGAGGUACAUUCUGAAAAAGGGACCUGUGGGAGUGGUGAGCAGCAGAAUGAGCCUGUCCGUGUGCUGGACAUGGUUGCAAAGCUUGAAUCUGAGUGCUUGAGGCGCCAGAGCGAACGUGAAGCGGGGAGCCUAUCCAGGAACAACAGCUUCCGGAGAAACAUAGGGCGGAUGUUACUGGCAAAUGGCACGCAAUCUGAGUGUGAUACUGGGAAGGUAUCUUCCAAAGUCCUUGGCCAGGAGGUAAGUUUAAAAGAUCCCAUUACAGUGGAUGAUGAUGGACAGAGAACAAAGCGUGGCCCUUCGGCUGCUGAUGAAUUAUGGGAAGGAGCUGCUUCUGGUCAGCAGUCCUUGGGGGCAGUAGCAGCUGUGGAUAUCCACAUGGUGAACAUCAGCAUCAAGCUUGAUCAAGAAACCUCAGUGAGACCCAGCAGCAGAGAUGAUUCUGAAAUUAUCGUGGAACCUCUGGGGUCCAUCCCUUCUGCGUGUCCAGUAGCUGUUGGACUAUCCUCGGAUGCCAUGCAGAGCAAGAGUACGACUGUUGAUUGUUCGGCUAGAGAACCUGUAUCUAUUCCUAAUCAUUUGCAUCCGACAAGGAGAGAGUCUUUAUCCAUCAGUAUAUCGGUCACCAAGACAGAGAAGGGGUGCAGGAAAGAGCAGCCUUCUAAUUUUAGCUUUGGUGAAGAUCCACUUCCAGGGAGGCUGUUCUUUCUAUAUCCUGGUCAUCAAAACAAGCAAGAGCACACAGGGUUAGAGGAAAGUACUAAAGAAAAGCCAGGAGAAGUGGGUCAAACUGGGGAUGCUGCUGAUAAUAAAGUGUAUGAGAUAAAUAGUGUUUCCAUAGAGCCAUUUGCCCUUUCAGUAUCUCCCAUGGAAAGUGCUUUGCAGGUACUUGACACUUCUUGUUUGAAAAGGCAGGUGUCUCAUGACUUUUUGGAGACUAGGUUUAAAAUUCAGCAGCUUUUGGAGCCUCAGCAGUAUAUGGCCUUCCUGCCCCACCACAUCAUGGUUAAGAUCUUCAGAUUGCUCCCCACUAGGAGUCUAGUCGCUCUUAAAUGUACUUGUUGUUACUUCAGAUUUAUCAUUGAAUACUACAACAUACGGCCAGCUGAUUCCCGCUGGGUCCGUGAUCCACGUUACAAAGAAGAUCCUUGCAAGCAGUGCAAGAAGAAGUACGUGAAAGGGGAUGUGUCAUUGUGCCGGUGGCAUCCCAAACCCUACUGUCAAGCUUUACCAUAUGGCCCAGGGUAUUGGAUGUGCUGUCACAAGUCUCAAAAAGGCAUCCCUGGGUGUAAAUUAGGUCUUCAUGACAAUCAUUGGGUCCCUGCAUGCCACAGCUUUAACCGCACUCUUCACAAGAAAACCAGAGGAGGAGGAGCAGAUGUGGAAGAGGAAUAUUAGUGCACAUAGACUUUCUCUUGGGAGGAGGAAAUUUUCAUGCUCUGUGCUGUUUACAGUGUAUAUAAUUGUGUUUUCACAGGGCUAUGAAACUGCACAUACUUAAACACAAGAGCCUUUGCCUUUUAGAUGACAGACAGCUUUUAGCCCAUCAUUUGUAAAUAACACUAUUAAAAACUAAUUGUACAUAUAGAGUCUACAGCUGGCUGAACAACUUAAUCACUACAAUGCAGCUAUGAUAGUGUUGCGGCUAUAGUCAUGUGUGUUUUUAAGUGUCUUGUUUCAAAAUCUGUAUAUCCUGUAUAAUAUAUGAAUGUUUCUGAAAAGAAACUCUAAAAUAGGUAAAGGUUAACUUGGUUAAAGGAUCCUCAAAUGAUUUAACUGGACAACCUUAACAUUAGACUAGAACAGAUAUUUGUUACAGUAGAGUAGCCGUGAACAAAAGAGAGGAUUAUUAUUGUAUAGGCAGAGUAUAAAAAGGUUCUUGUCUCCCUUACCCAUGUUGUCUGGUUGUUAUUUUUUUUUUUACUUUAAUAAAAUGUGCAUUCUA